AUGGCGGCAUUGAGGCGACACUUCCUGCUGUGCCUGGCGGCGGCGCUACUGCGGCGGAGCGCCGCCCUCCCCUCCGACAUCCUCUACCGGGUCCCCGAGGAGCAGCCUCCCAACACGUUGGUGGGCAGUCUGGCGGCGGACCGCGGCCUCCCGGACAGCGGGCACCUGUACAAGCUGGAGGUGGGCUCGCCCUAUCUGCGCGUGGACGGAAAGACGGGCGACAUCUACACCACCGAGAUCCCCAUCGACCGCGAGACCCUCAGGGACUGCCGCAACCUCUUCGAGGACGACAAGUGCUACCUAGAGUUCGAGGUGUCCAUCACCGACAUGGUGAAAGGCAUGGGUUCGGGGCCGCGCCUGAUCGAGGGCCGCAUCGAGGUCCUGGACAUCAACGACAAUACGCCUCAGUUCUCCUCGCCCAUCCUCACCCUUUCCAUUCCGGAGAACACCCACGUGGGCGCCCUGUUCUCCAUCCCCAUGGCCAGCGACCGCGACGCCGGCAACAACGGCGUGGCCGAGUACUCCCUGGGCACGGGACCCGAUGCCGAGCGGCUUUUCGGACUGCAGGUGGCGCUGGACACGGAUGAGAAGCUGCCCCAGUUGGUGGUGAUGGGGAACCUGGACCGCGAAAAGAAGGACUCCUACGACCUGAAUAUCAGGGUGGUGGACGGCGGACGCCCGGCCAGGGCUAGCAGCGCCCUGCUCAGGGUGGUGGUCACCGACCAGAACGACAACGCUCCAAAGUUCGAAAGGACUCACUACGAGGCAGAGUUGGCGGAGAACAGCCCGCUGGGACACUCUGUGCUUCAGGUCCGCGCCAACGACGCCGACACGGGCGCCAACGGCGAGAUCGACUACAGCCUGCACCAGAUGUCGGAAGCGGUCCAGAGACUUCUCCGCAUCGACCGCUCCACAGGAAUCAUCUACGUCAAAGGAAUGGUCGACCGCGAGGAGGAGAACUUCCUCAAAUUCUUUGUGGUGGCAAAAGACCGAGGGCCCAACUCUAAGAGCUCCAAAGUCCUGGUGACCAUCAACGUCCGGGACCAGAACGACAACGCUCCCUCCGUGGAGAUCCGCGGCAUCGGACUGGUGACGCACCAGAACGGCGUCGCCAACAUCUCUGAGGACAUGCCGGCGGGCACGGCGGUGGCGCUGGUCCAAGUGUCGGAUCGCGAUGAGGGGGAGAACGCUGUGGUCACCUGCGUGGUGGCGGGGGACGUCCCCUUCCAGCUGCAACCUUUGAGCGAGUCCAGCAACGACCGUAAAAGGAAGUACUUCCUGCAGACCACCGCUCUGCUGGAUUACGAGCGAAUCCAGGAUUACAGGAUCGACAUCGUGGCGGUAGAUUCCGGCAACCCCGCUUUGUCCAGCACCAACUCCCUGAAAGUGCAUGUCACUGACGUGAACGACAACACGCCCGGCUUCUCGCCGGCCGUGCUGGAGGUGGACUUCGCCGAGGGGAACAGACAGGGCGACACGGUAGUACAGGUGGCGGCGACCGACGCGGAUAGCGGCAGCAACGCCGAGCUGGUCUACAGCAUCGUGGAGCGCUCGGCCACGGCGCUGUUUGAAAUCGAUGCCGUCAGCGGCGAGAUACGGGUCAAGAACCCGCUGGACCGCGAAGAGACGGAGCGUUACGAGUUCCGCGUGGCGGCGGCCGACAAAGGCGUGCCGAGCAAAACCGGCACGGCGACGGUGGCGAUCAACGUCCUGGACCGCAACGACAACGAUCCCAAGUUCAUGCUGAGCGGCUACAGUUUCUCCGUCAUCGAGAACAUGCCGCCCCUCAACCCCGUGGGGGUGGUGACCGUCACCGACGUGGACAAAGGCGACAACGCCCGCGUCAAGCUCUACGUGGAACCCGACAACGGCAAGUUCGUCAUCCAGAACGGCACGGGGAACAUCUUGUCCAGCAUCUCCUUCGACAGGGAGAAAGAGAGCACCUACACCUUCCGACUAAAGGCGGUGGACGCGGGCGACCCCCCUCGCUCUUCCUACGUGGGUGUGACCAUCAACGUCCUGGACGAGAACGAUAACGCCCCUUACGUGACCAAACCGGCCAACUCGUCCUACAAGUACCUGAGCCCCGGGGCGCCCCUGGAGACCCGCGUGGAGGUAGUGGAAGCCGAGGACAUGGAUUCCGGUCCCAACGCCGAGCUGGACUACGCCAUUGUCGGAGGGAACCCCCACGGACUGUUCCGCAUUUCGCCCACCACAGGGGAGAUCGCCCUGGCGCGGGAAUUUACGGUGAAGCACAACGGGCUGCACCGACUGGUGGUGCGGGUUCAGGACAAAGGCAAGCCGCCCCGCCAGACCACCGCUCUGGUGCACGUCUUCGUCAACGACACCAAAGCCAACGUGUCGCUGAUCGAGGCUCUGGUAUGGCACAGUCUGUACACCCCGCUGGACCGGGACAUCGCGGGGGACCCCGACUACGCCCUGGCGCAACGGAGCAACAUCCUGUACGGGAGCCUGGCCGGGAUCGCCGUCGUCAUUCUGGUCAUCGUGGUCGUGGUGUUGGCCCGCCACCGGCUCCAGAAGGAUGCCAAGAGCGGCUAUCAGGCGGGCAAGAAAGAGAGCAAAGAUCUGUACGCCCCCAAGCAGGGACCUAAAAACUCCAAGGGGAAAAAGAGCAAGAAGGGCAAAGCUCCCAAAGCCGCCAAACCCCUGGAAGAGGACGAGGAGGCCAGUCUCCAGAAGGGCCUCAAGUUCAACCUGAUCGACGAGGCGGUGGGCGACAGCCCGAGGAUACACCUGCCCCUCAACUACCCGCCCGGCAGCCCCGACUUAGGGCGCCACUACCGCUCCAACUCGCCGCUUCCGUCCAUCCAGCUGCAGCCGCAGUCGCCCUCGGCCUCCAAGAAGCACCAGGCGGUGCAGGACCUCCCCGCCGCCAACACCUUUGUAGGCACGGGCGACAACAACUCCACGGGCUCCGACCAAUAUUCGGAUUACAGCUACAAGGCCAACCCGCCCAAAUACAGCAGCAAACAGCUGCCGCACCGCCGAGUGACCUUCUCCACGGCCAACCAGGCGCAGGACCUGCAGGACGCGUCGCAGCACAGCUACUACGACAGCGGGCUGGACGAAUCGGAGACGCCCAGCUCCAAGUCGUCGUCCGGGCCCCGGAUCGGCCCGCUGGCGCUGCCCGAGGACCACUACGAGCGCACCACACCCGACGGCAGCAUAGGCGAAAUGGAGCACCCCGAGAACGACUUGCGGCCCCUCCCGGACGUGGCCAUGACGGGUAACUGCACGCGCGAGUGCACCGAGUUCGGCCACUCGGACUCGUGCUGGAUGCCCGGCCAGCCGUCGCCCAAUCGCAAGGUGCCCAAGGGCGCCGCCCCCAAGCUGUCUACCUUCGUGCCUUACCAGGAGAGCGCCGAAGCCGCCCGGGACGUGCCGGCGCCGCCCGUGGCCAACGGCAGCCCCAAGCCCAUCCCCAGCGAGGAGCGCGGACCGGGUGGCGGCAGGGUGGCCAACAUGCGCUUCAUGACACCCUACAGCAGUGCCUACCCCCUGGGGGCCGCCGGCCAGACCCCCGCCAAAGACUGCGGCCUGGAGGAGAUCCCACUUAGCCAGGCGGUGGAGUUCCACUCGGCCGCCGCCCCCGCAGGGCACCACGCCUCCAAGAGGGAGAUCUACCUGUGA